AUGUCAUCUCCUGAGAACCACUGGCUCUCUCCUGGUCGUCUAGCUUCCGUUCUGAAUCCAUCAUCGUCCACUUCUGGUGAGCUGCUACCCAAACCUCCUGACCCCCCUGACCCAUCACUACCCCCAUCAGUUACCGAUUUUCCCCAUCUCCUUCAUCCCCCUUCUUCUUCUACUUCCCCCAAAUUUACUACUGUUACUGCUACAGUUAACCCUAAUACUGCCCUCCAAUUCUCCUUUGAGAUUUUGCAGGAGCCAUCUACUACUUCUUCUUCCACUGAUCCUCAUUUAGUCUCUGAUGUUACCAUGAGUGACAGUGUGGAAGUUCCCUCCUCUUCUGCUGAGGAUGUCACUACUAACUCGAACACUGAACCUAUACUCAUUACCAUCCCUCCGAAAAACUCCUCCCCUAUCCUUACUAAUAAAGCUUAUGCUCCUUCUCCCUCUUCAACUAAACCCCUUGCCUCCAAACCUGACCCCAAUCUCUUAAGCUCUAACCGUAACCCUAUUCCCAUUCGCUCAUCCUCUAACCCUAUCCCUAAGCGCUCAUACCCUAACCUUUCCUCUAAAUCCUCAACUCCCAAACCCCCCAUUAACUAA